UUUUACCCCUGCGGAUAUUUUUGGAAAAGAGUCACGUCUCGUCUGCUGGGUUAUGAUUCUGUGACGAUGUUUCGUCGCGAUCCCGCCAUAAACCCCGCCUUAUAAACGAUUCCAGGCCGGCUCGUGUUUCCUGGCGUCAUCUUUGUCCGCCCCCAAGACCGUGUCGAAACAAGUUCCCGGCACACUCAACUCGCAAUGGCGCAGCUCCCCGACCCGACUAUAGACCUCGACUGGUCCGGUCACAUUGGCGCAAUCCACGAGAUCUUUGCCGCCAACACCCAUAAGCACCCAGACCGCGUCUGCGUCGUCGAGACCAAGUCGUCCGAGGGCCCCGAGAGGUCCUACACAUAUCGCCAGAUCUUCGAGGCAUCCAAUGUUCUGGCGCACUACCUGCACGAUGCCGGCGUCACAAAUGGCGAUGUUGUCAUGAUCUGGGCCCAUCGGUCCGUUGAUCUGGUGGUUAGCAUAAUGGGCGUCCUGGCAUCUGGCGCAACCUUCAGCGUCCUCGAUCCGCUAUACCCUCCUGCGCGACAACAGAUCUACCUCGAAGUGUCCGGCCCGACGGCGCUCGUCAACAUCGCCCGUGCCACCGACGAGGCCGGCCCCCUCGCCCCCCUGGUCCGCAAGUACAUCGACGAGGAGCUCAAGCUCAAGGCAGAGGUGCCCUCCCUCCGAAUCGGCGACAAUGGCUUCCUGUCUGGCGGAGAGAUGGACGGCAGGGACGUCUUCGCCAGCGUGCGCGGCAAGGCGGCCGCCCCGCCCGCAGACGUCCUGGUCGGUCCGGACUCGAACCCGACGCUCAGUUUCACCUCGGGCUCCGAGGGCCGGCCCAAGGGCGUGCUGGGCCGCCACUACAGCCUUGCCAAGUACUUCUCCUGGAUGGCCGAGACCUUUGGCUUGAGCGGCGAGAGCCGCUUCACACUGCUAUCGGGCAUCGCUCACGAUCCCGUCCAGCGCGACAUCUUCACCCCUCUAUUCCUCGGUGCCCAGCUCCUGGUGCCCUCCAAGGAGCACAUCGCUCACGAGCGCUUGGCCGAGUGGUUCCGCGAGUUCGAGCCGACCGUGACGCACCUCACACCGGCCAUGGGACAGAUCCUAGUCGGUGGCGCUUCUGCCGAGUUCCCCGCCCUGAAGACCGCCUUCUUCGUCGGUGAUGUGUUGACGUCGCGCGACUGCCGCACUCUGCGGAAGCUGGCCGCCAACGUGGACAUAGUCAACAUGUACGGCACCACCGAGACGAGCAGGGCCGUCAGCUACUACCUUGUGCCAAACCGUGCUACGGACCCGGAUUUCCUGGACAGGCUGGACAAGGACACCAUUCCCGCCGGCAGGGGCAUGCAGAACGUCCAGCUUCUGGUCGUCAACCGCGAGGACAAGACCAAGCUCUGCGGCGUGGGCGAGGUCGGCGAGAUUUACGUCAGAGCGGCAGGCCUGGGAGAGGGCUACAAGGGAGACCCUGUCAUGAACGAGCAAAAGUUCCUCGACAACUGGUUUGUCGACAACAACAAGUGGGUCGAGGCAGACAAACAACACCCCAGCCAGGGCCAGCCGUGGCGCAAGUACUACAAGGGCCCCCGCGACCGUCUCUACCGCACCGGAGACCUGGGCAAGUACCUCGAGUCUGGCGACGUCGAGUGCACCGGCCGCGCCGACGACCAGGUCAAGAUCAGGGGUUUCCGCAUCGAGCUGAACGAUAUCGACAGCAACCUCAGCCAGAGCUCGCUGAUCCGAGACUGCAAGACUCUGGUGCGCCGUGACCGCAACGAGGAGCCCUCGCUGGUCAGCUACGUGGUGCCGGAGCUGAAGGAGUGGCCGCUGUGGCUCAAGGCCCAGGGACACGAGGAUGCCGAGGACGAUGCUGGUGUCAAGCUCGGCCCGACCAGAGUCUUCUUCAAGCGGUUCAGACGUCUGCAGACUGAGCUCCGCGACCACCUCAAGGGCCGCCUCCCGGCUUAUGCCGUGCCGACCCUCUUCAUCGUCCUGGAGAGGCUGCCGCUGAACCCCAACGGCAAGGUGGACAAGCCGAACCUGCCGUUCCCUGAUAUCGCCGAGCAGACGACCGAGGCCUCGGGCGAGGAGCUCAAGCGAUGGGACUUGCUGAGCGAGACGGAGAAGCGGGUCGCUACUAAGUGGGCGUCGCUGAUCCGAGGUCUCAACGUCAAGACCAUCGCGCCCGAGCACGACUUCUUCGAUCUCGGCGGGCACAGCAUCCUGGCGCAGCAGAUGCUGCUCGACGUCCGCAAGGACACGGGCGCCAGCGUGUCGAUCAACACGCUGUACGCGAACCCCACCCUUGCGGCCUUUAGCGCCCAGAUCGACAAGCAUCUUGGCUCGGCAGGCGCCGACGGUGCGGAUGGCACCGCGCCCGAGUCGGAGGCGGACUCGUACUCCAGGGCGCGCGACGAUCUCGUCAAGCAGCUCCCUGCCCGGUACCAGUCGGCCGACCCGGCCACCAUCCGGGCGUCGUCUCGGCCGACCGUCUUCCUGACGGGAGCGACGGGCUUUCUGGGCGCCUUCCUCAUCCGCGACAUCCUGCAGCGCACGAGCCGGCAGGUCAGGCUGGUGGCACACGUGCGGGCCAAGGACGAGAAGGCGGCCACGGAGCGGCUGCGGCGCUCGCUGCAGGGCUACGGCCUCUGGAGGGACGAGUGGGCGUCGCGGCUGUCGGUGGCCGUCGGCGACCUGUCCAAGCCGCAGCUCGGCAUGGAGCAGACGGUGUGGGACCGGCUGGCGGGCGAGGUGGACGUGGUGAUACACAACGGCGCCACGGUGCACUGGGUGCGGCGCUGGCAGGACAUGCUCGCGGCCAACGUGACGUCGACGGUGGACGCGAUGCGGCUGUGCAACGAGGGCAGGCCCAAGCUCUUCACCUACGUCAGCUCGACCAGCGUGCUGGACAACGAGCACUACGUGAGCCUGUCGGAGCGCCAGCUCAGCACGGGCCAGGGCGCCGUGCCCGAGUCGGACGACCUCGAGGGCAGCGCGGCGGGCCUGUCGACGGGCUACGGCCAGACCAAGUGGAUGUCGGAGCAGCUGGCGCGCGAGGCCGGGCGCAGGGGCCUCAGGGGCUCCGUGGUGCGGCCGGGCUACAUCCUGGGCGACAGCGAGUCGGGCUGCUGCAACACGGACGACUUUUUGAUCCGCUUCCUCAAGGGCUGCAUCCAGCUGGGCUCGCGCCCCCGCAUCGUCAACACGGUCAACUCGGUGCCCGUCAACCACGUGGCGCGCGUCGUGGCGGCCGCGGCGCUCAACCCGCUCCCCGGCGGCGGCGGCGUCGGCGUCGUGCACGUCACGGGCCACCCGCGCCUGCGCAUGAGCGAGUACCUGUCGCUGCUCGAGUACUACGGCUACCGCGUGCCCGAGGUCGGGUACGGGUCCUGGAAGGGGGAGCUGGAGCGCUACGUGUCGGCCGGGGGCGGCGUCGAGCGCGACCAGGAGCAGCACGCGCUCCUGCCGCUCUUCCACCUCUGCAUCUCGGACCUGCCCGCCAACACCAAGGCGCCCGAGCUCGACGACGAGAACGCCGUCGCGGUCCUCAAGGCCGACGCCGAGAACUGGACCGGCGUUGACGAGAGCGCCGGCUACGGCAUCGGCCGCGAGGACGUCGGCCGCUACCUGCGCUACCUGGCCACCGUUAAGUUCCUGCCGUGGCCGUCGGGCAAGGGCCGCCCGCUGCCCGAGAUUAGCUUUGACGCCGGCGACGCGCUGGCGUCUGGGGCCGCGGUUGUCGGUGGUAGGGGUGGCGUUUCUCAGUCGGUGCCUGCCUAGAGGUAUGUAGGUAGCAUGGUUUUCCGGCUUGGAGUGUCUUUUUUAGCCUCGAGAGUUACACGACUUUUCUUUCGCGGUGGAUAUCGAUGGCGUUCAUGGGCCAAGGAAAAGAAGGCGUUUUUGUUAGCUUAUUUUAUAAGGGGGACGUGCUAAAAUACCGCUUUACUACAUAAACCAAAAGAUCCGACAAUUCAAUCACUUCGUAAUUAAACCUUUUGGCACCACAGUAUAUUAAACCCCGAAGCUUUUGUAGUUAACGCUUUAAGCAACCCCGUUACAUAUUUUGUGUAAGGUAAGUAAAAGAAGUACAGGGUAGGUGCAGGGUAAGUAAAUUUUAACUUGGUAAAAGUCGU